AUGGAAACCAACUCAAGUCGUCAGGGAGGCGGUAGACUGCCAUCUCGUUCUGUGUCACAUUCCCACAAACUGUCCUGGGGCAGUAUCUCGAGCGUUGCCAGCCGGAAAAGUCGUCACGCCGAGCCUGUAGGAAACUUCGACGUGCCCGUGGAAACAAGCCUAUCCAUGCCUCCCCCGCCAAAGCCCUCCAGCUUGAAAAGCCCUCGUUCUUCCUUCCCGCAGAGCCGUCGUGCGUCUAGCAAUUCGGAAAGCACGUGGAGUGAGGAGUAUCCUUUCCAAUCAAACCAUCCAACUUCUACCGAGGGCUUCUUUCCCUGUGAUAUAGAUGACAUCGCGGUGGAUGACCACGACACUCCGAAGCUAGGACCCGCGACUGGAAUCAUAAGGGAGAGUAGUGGUGUGGACCGGCUUCCUGAGCCUGCUUUGACGUCAAAAGCCUCGUUCUCCGAUGAGGGAGUAUCCAAACGUCUCUCGGUUUCAUCAAGCUAUUCCUUAGCAUCCGCGCGAGGUAUUCCGAGUGCAGGUUCAUCUGACGGUGGUAACUCGCGUUCGGUCUCAGGCAUCAUCAUGGCAUCCAAUAAAGGAAUCGGACCAUCGCCUGGCCACUCUGAGGCUAGUCUGUCGAAUGUAACAGUUACGACUUCGUCCGGCUCUCAGAUCGUAACCCCAACCGGAGGUUCUCACCAAUUGGCCCCAAGGGAAAUGAACCCUCCGAAUCCUCUGGACAAUGUCAAGAGAAACCCCCCAAAACCCGAUUCGAGUCCACGGCCUCAAGCCCCCACCAGGUCUCGUAGUAGGGCUAAGAGACGGUUCAGCGGGAGCACCGCGACUAGUAGUCACAGUCCUAGCAGCGAACGAGGCCUUCACUCUGAGAGCAGAAAGGAGAAGGCUGAAGCAAAGCCGGCACCGCUGGGCAUUAUCGGAGUGUGUGCUUUGGAAAGCAAGGCCAGAAGCAAGCCAAGCCGCAACAUCCUUAACCGCAUCAAAGGAAAUGAUGAAUUUGAAGUUGUCAUGUUCGGUGACAAGACAAUCCAAGAUGAAGACGUUGAGAAUUGGCCGAUCUGCGACUACUUGAUAUCCUUUUAUUCUGAUGGAUUCCCUCUUGAUAAGGCCAUCGCCUAUGUUAAGGCCAGGAAGCCGUUUUGCGUCAACGAUGUCCCUAUGCAGAAAAUACUGUGGGACCGGCGACUCUGCCUCCAUAUUUUAGAUAUGAUUGGCGUCCCUACGCCCAAGAGAGUCGAGGUCAACCGCGAUGGUGGCCCUUCCUUGGUCACCCCGGAUGUUGCCAAGCACAUCAGAGAUAUCACAGGACUAACUCUCGAAACUUACGGCCCUGGCAAAGUACCGCCUCCCAAGAAGGUUGAGAUGCUUGAUGAUGGAGACACAAUUAGCGUUGACGGCACACUUCUACGGAAACCUUUUGUCGAGAAGCCUACCAGUGGCGAGGACCACAACGUGAUUAUAUACUUUCCAAGAUCCAUGGGUGGAGGCGCACGCAAACUCUUCCGCAAAAUUGGUAACAAGAGCUCUGAAUUUGUACCCGAUUUGAUAUCGCCUCGCGCCAUCACAGAGCCGGACAGCAGUUAUGUUUUCGAGCAGUUUAUGAGGGUGGAAAAUGCCGAAGAUGUUAAGGCUUACACUGUUGGUCCUAACUACUGCCAUGCCGAAACGAGGAAAUCUCCAGUAGUAGAUGGUAUUGUCAAGCGCAAUACCCAUGGUAAGGAGGUUCGCUAUGUCACUCCGCUAAAUGACGAGGAAAAGGAGAUGGCACGCAAGAUAUCAACCACCUUUGGGCAGCGAGUAUGCGGCUUCGAUUUGCUCAGAGCCGACGGUAAAAGCUACGUCAUCGAUGUAAAUGGUUGGAGUUUCGUCAAGGACAACGAUGACUACUACGGCCAAUGUGCCAGAGUCCUGCGAGAGAUUUUUAUCAAGGAGAAACUCCGCCGUGGUGGGCCAACACCUCCGUUGCCAUCUCCCACAACUCUGGAUCACCGGGAUCCGCUCUAUAAAGCCGCCAUGAUAGCGAAGGAUAGGGAAACGCGAAGUGAGGCAGCUGAUGUAAGUCACGUCAAAUCACCACCACAAUCCACCGCUCCAACUUCUGCACCAAGAUCGAUACAGGAGCCGAAGACUGCCGACGAGUUACUUGGGACUUCCUCAACAUCCACGCCUGAUUUGGCGUCGUCGGUACCUGCGUCCAAGUCGCACAGCGGCAUAACGUCUCCAAUACCAGCUACUCAAGCGGACUCUGUGGCGCCUAGCCUGCCGGUAAUUGUGCCGUCCACACUCCCAGGGACACCGUCAAUGGCACCGAGCGACAGUCUUGCGGAAGACUUGGAGCAACCGACUCCGCCACCUCCACCACCUAAGCAUCAAUGGAAGCUCAAAGGCAUUGUUUCCGUCAUCCGCCACGCCGACCGUACGCCUAAGCAAAAGUUCAAGUUUACCUUCCAUACUCAGCCAUUCAUUGAUCUCUUAAAAGGCCAUCAAGAAGAAGUAUUACUCAUUGGCUCGGCCGCUUUGUCUAGUGUGAUUGAUGCGGUCGACUUGGCAUUGCGGCAAGGUGAAGAGGACAUGACGAAGCUGAAAACCUUGCGCAGUGUUCUGUUGAAAAAGGGUGACUGGGCGGGUACAAAGGUACAAAUCAAACCAAUGUUCCGCAAGAAGAAAACGGAAGAGAUCAUGGCCAGCACAGAGCCAACCACUCUCACAGAAGGGCAAGCCUCGACCACACCCAGAGAACCAUCUAUUCCAACAUCUAUUGAUGAGCAAGAUGAUCAAGACGCCCAGAACGGAGACAACCCAAUCCAAACUCCUGACGGCCAACGCCGUCCACCAAAGCGCAGUGACUCUAUGUCUGGUGUAACAAUGUCAAAGUUUACUGCUGCCGAAAACAGCCUUGUGCUUGAUAAGUUACAGCUCAUCGUGAAGUGGGGAGGUGAACCAACGCACUCGGCUCGGUACCAGGCACAAGAGCUUGCGCAAAAUAUGCGGAAUGAUUACAUGCUCCUCAACCGAGACGUUUUGGACGAAGUUCAUGUGUUCAGCAGCUCUGAGCGUCGAGUGACCACCAGUGCUCAAAUCUGGGCCGCCACAUUCUUGGACAAGAAAGAGCUUCCAGAAGAGUUUAUCACGGUUCGGAAGGACCUUCUGGACGAUUCGAAUGCAGCAAAGGACGAAAUGGACAAGGUCAAGAAGAAGCUUAAGGGGCUACUGCGUAAGGGCAAUGAGCGUCCCUCGCAAUUUGCUUGGCCCGAAAAUUUCGCGGAACCAUCCGAAGUGCAGGCAAGGGUUGUGCAGCUCAUGAAAUUUCAUCGCAAGGUGAUGCAGUACAACUUCAAUAAGCUGGGGACAAACAGCGGGGCGGUCAACUCUUUGAAUGCUAUCAACAAUCCUAGUGUGGACAAGCUUCCUGGAGAGGGCUCUACAUCAUCUGUGGCCUCAUCACUGUCACAAGCCAACGCCGUCAGUCAUAUUCAACCCAGAUGGUGUUGCGGGGAAGAUCAUGAGCUCUUCCGUGAGCGGUGGGAGAAACUCUUCAGUGAGUUUUGUGACAAUGAAAAGGUAGAUCCUAGCAAGAUCUCGGAAUUAUAUGACACCAUGAAGUUUGACGCACUUCACAACCGAAAUUUCCUCGAAUGGGUCUUCACGCCACCUAAGCAUAUGCUUGAAGAAGAGUUCGGCAUUGUGAUUGGGCAAAAUGGAAAAUCUAAGGAGUCGGAGGACAGCAGAGACAUCAAAAUUUCCGAUGACAAGUCUGAAAAGAACCAAGUGGUGGGUUCGCCCUCAAGUGACAAGACAGACAAGGCGGAACGGCCUGAUCGCGCAGAAAAAUCCGAGAUCCAAAAGACUGCGAAGAGGAUAUUCAGAAGACGAUCAUGGAUGAAUGUGCGCCAACAAGGUGAAGCUGCCCCACCGGAACAAUAUUUCAAGUUGCAACAAGGUAGCGAACCUACGAAGGCCAAGACGGACGCGCGCUUCGAACCUUUGAGGGAGCUUUACAAGUUGGCCAAAAUUCUGUUCGACUUCAUCUGUCCUCAGGAAUACGGAAUAUCCGAUGCGGAAAAGCUCGAGAUUGGUUUACUGACCACAUUGCCCCUAUUGAAAGAAAUCGUACAGGAUCUCGAGGAGAUGCAAGCAUCAGAGGAUGCCAAGUCUUUUUUCUACUUCACGAAGGAGUCUCACAUUUAUACUCUUCUCAACUGUAUCAUGGAGGGCGGCAUAAAAACCAAGGUCAAUCGUGCCAGUAUUCCGGAGCUUGACUACCUCUCUCAAAUCUGUUUUGAGCUUUACGAAUCGGAAACCAAACCUCCUGCUACCUCACCCGACGAUCCCUCCACCUUUGCUUAUAGCAUACGUAUCACCAUAAGUCCGGGCUGUCAUAUCUACGAUCCACUCGACAUUCAGCUUGAUAGUAAGCACUGUAUUGGAUGUGCGCCACGUAGGAGCCUAACCGACCACAAUGACUGGAAAUCGGUAAUCGAGACUCUCAGGACCAAAUUCAAUCACACUGAAAAUCCUCGACGGCCCUUCAGUGAAGUCGUGUGA